GCGAGCUCAGUGGACUUCCUGAUGAGUGAUGGUGAAGACGAUGGCUCUUUCCUGUCUCUGCCCACCGCCGCCUUCUCACAGCGCCCGUCUCUGACCGCAGAGCUGUCCGAAACAAACGCACCCAGCCAGCAGCUGCUCAUCCAGACUCUACAGGACAAAGUGUGUGAGUUUCAGGCUCGUCUUCGCUCUGAAGAAGUCGCUCGUCACCUGCUGGUCCAGCAGCUGCAGCAGCAGAGCGUUCAGGAGAAGACGUGUGUCGGUGGAGGCGUUCAGACGUCGACUUCACCCAACGGUGUGAGGGCGUUGCAGCCAGGAGACCAACCCUCAGCUCGUCUCAGCUGUCCAGAAGAAGAAGAGCAGCUCGUUACUCGGCUGCGCACACAGGUGGAGGAGCUGGAGGAGAAGCUGUUGAAUCAGACUCAGGAGGUGGAGAGACUUCGCUCUGAACUGGGGGCGACAGACCUGGAGAAGCAGCUGGAGCUGCUGGUGGUGGAGAACCAGCGUCUGAAGCAGGAGCUGAAGUCAUGCAGGAGCUCAGAGCUUCAGAGCCUCGACGCUGCUGCAGAGACCUGCAGCUGCAGCCACUGCCCUCACAGCCAGGUAGAAAUGUCCUCGCGUCCUCACAGUGAGUGUUUUCCUGUGGUCCUGCAGGAUGCGGAGGCCCUGCGGAGGGAGGUGUCUCGCUGGGAGAGCCAGGGCCGGCAGAGGGAGCGGCGUCUGGCCGAGCUGGAGCGAGAGCUGCUGGAGAAAACCUCCAGGGUGGAGAGUCUCCGCCGGCAGCUGGACGAGUCCACCCGGCAGCUGGACGACGGCCGGAGACAGCUGGAGGAGUCGAGGCGGAGGCAGGGGGAGGCCGAGCACAAACUCACCCUCCGACUGCAGGAGUGUGAGGAGGAGCUCGCCAGGCGGGUGGCCACUCCCCCCAGAGUCAAGUACGUGACUCAGGAGGUGGAGUCGGCCGACUCUCAGAGAGCUCUGGCCGAGCUGCAGACGAAGAACGCCGGCCUGCAGGAGCAGCUGUCCGUGCAGAGGCAGCUGCUGAGAGAGCUGGAGACGCAGCUGCACGAGUCUCAGAGGACCUGCGCUCAGCUCAGGACGCAGAUCCUGGUCUACGAAGGGGAGAUGGAGCGGGCUCAGGGUCAGCUGGAAGUGGAGAUGCAGAACCUGGAGGAGGAGAAGAACCGCGUGAUCGAGGAGGCGUUCAUCAGAGCCGAGAGCGAGAUGAAGGCCGUCCACGAGAACCUGGCGGGAGUGCGUAUGAACCUGCUGAGCCUGCAGCCGGCCCUCCGGACCCUCACCUGUGACUACAACUGUCUGAAGAGGCAGGUGCAGGAGUUCCCCUUCAUGCUGGACAAAGCUAUCACAGAGGCCAAGCAGGAGAUCUGUCAGGUGAUCAGCGAGGUGAGCAACAACAACCAGGAGCUGCUGCGUAAAUACAAGCGAGAGAUGAACCUGAGGAAGAAAUGUCACAACGAGCUGGUGCGACUCAAAGGUAACAUCCGUGUUUUCUGCCGCGUCCGGCCGGUCAGCCAGGAGGAGCAGGACUCCGCAGACGCCAGAGUCAUGCUGAGCUUCGACUCGGACGACGACGCCGUCCUCUACCUCUCCAACAAGGGCAAGAGCAUGACCUUUGAACUGGACAGAGUCUUCCCUCCUCACGCCACACAGGAAGAGGUGUUUCAGGAGGUCCAGUCUUUGGUCACUUCCUGUAUCGACGGCUUUAACGUCUGCAUCUUCGCCUACGGGCAGACGGGCUCGGGGAAAACCUACACCAUGGAGGGCGUGGCGGACGACCCCGGCAUCAACCAGCGAGCGCUGCGCCUGCUGUUCUCGGAGGUGACGGAGAAAGCUCCAGACUGGGACUACAAGAUCACCGUCAGCAUGGUGGAGAUCUACAACGAGACGCUGCGGAACCUGCUGGGGGAGAAUCCCACCGACAAGCUGGACAUUAAGAUGAACCCUGACGGCAGCGGACAGCUCUACGUCCCCGGACUGACCGAGUUCACCGUCCAGAGCCCCGAGGACAUCAACAGGGUGUUUGAGUUGGGUCACAUGAACAGAGCGACCGCCUGCACCAACCUGAACGAACACAGCUCUCGCUCUCACGCUCUGCUCAUCAUCACCGUGUCGGGAUUCAACACAGCUACUGGAAACCGCACGCAAGGUAAGCUGAACCUGGUGGACCUGGCGGGCUCGGAGAGGAUCGCUAAGUCUGGGGCGGAGGGCAGUCGCCUCAGAGAGGCUCAGUGCAUCAACAAAUCUCUGUCGGCGCUCGGUGACGUCAUCAACGCGCUGCGGAGCAAACACUCCCACGUGCCGUUCAGGAACUCCCGCCUCACCUACCUGCUGCAGGACUCUCUGAGCGGAGACAGCAAGACGCUCAUGAUGGUGCAGGUGUCUCCGCUGCCCAGCAACAUGAGCGAGUCGGUCUGCUCGCUGAAGUUCGCUCAGCGUGUUCGCAGCAUCGAGCUGAGCUCCUCGUCCUCCAGGAGACACGAGAACUCGUCCACCUCGUCCUCGCCCACCCACGACAGCGUCGAGCUGGACUCUCCCCCGGUGACCCCCGUGCCGCUCCCCAUCUCUCGGGCCAGCAGCGCCGGCUCCACCCUCUCCUCCACCUCCAGAACUCCCAGCAGCUCCCGCAGGAGGUCCCAGUCCCAGCUGUCCACAGGACGACUGAAGCUGACGGCCUGAGUGACCCGGAAGACGACCACGGGGCGUCAGCCAACGCCCCGAGGCUUCUCCCUGCCGGGACGCCACCUCUCUCCUCCCUCGCCGGAUGUCUUACCCUCGUCGCCCCCUGACGGAGGCGGGAUUAACCCUCUCCUGUGUCUGUCAGCAGAGAACGUGGCCAAAUGUUUUGACUUGCGAGUCUUCUUGCUGUGAUGACGGAUGUUUUAAAAAAAACUGAUGAGAAACCACUGAAGCCGCGGACGUUUUCGAGCUCCUCCCGUCUGAACUGAAAACAGUAUACGCUUUCCAAUCACAGUAUUUCUUUUAUUGUUUCUUUGUAAAGUUGCACUUUAACUUCUAGAUUAAUUCCUAACCAACAGAUUCCAGAUGUGGUUGAUUAUAAUAUAUGGUUUUAUAUUUAUAUUUGCUUUAAUCAGUUUUUUUGGUGGAGAAAACCACAUGAACGUUUAAUCUUGAUCAAAAUGAAGAUUUCUGUUUUUAGAUUUUUGUCUUUGAAUCCUCUGCUGCAGUUUCCUGACAGAGGCUGUCUUUGUGUCCUCGCGGUCCUCCUUUAACCAAACAGGGUACUCCACUGAUCCCGAGCUGUCCAAUAAGACGCGAGCAAUACGAGGAAACGCUGUCCUGUACUCGAUUGUUGUUCGUUUUCAUGCCGAGCUGGCGUAGCUUCGUCUUCCCUCAGCUCGUUAAAGUUGAACCGAAAGACGCUCAAAGUUUCGUCGACUGUUUCUCCUCGAUGUGCUCCUGCUGUCGUCCGGUCACCUCUGUUAAUAACCUAAUGUAGGACGCCACAGGUGACCUUUGACCUCAGACAGAAGACACCCGGUGCUGAGCGUGGCGUGACGCAGGUGGAGCUGAUAGUUAGCCGUAGUUGUAACAGGAAUGCUUAGAAACGUGAUGCGCUGCUGUGUCUGCUUGCUUUGUUGCAGCUGUAGAUUUCUACAGUUGUUGUUUUUUUUUGUAUUAACUUUUUAAUAAACACUCCAAAACAAACAAACAUGUAACUCUGGCGUCUGUGUUGACCAACCGUGAAAUAUUUAAAGGCUGGUUAAUAAAACUUUUUGGGAAAUGAA